AUGAGUAGAACAACAGCGUCUAGUUCACAGUUCAUUGGUUUCAGUUUGUCUGUGGGUCGCUCAACCCAAGACAGCCGUGCUCCCUACACCCCCAUUACUCCAGCGAGUCUCACGGUAUCCCCAACGACAGCAGCGCCGCCCCCCAACAUCACCAGAACAGCCCAAACCAACCUUCCCGUCGGUACCUCAACGUCGGCUCGUGUUAUCGGUCAGAGUUGGCAGUCAUGGGUGAACACGGCCGUUGAGGUAUGUGAAUGUCACACGUCUUGUGCUGACCGACAGCGCGUGGUCGCGCAAGGCAGCUACGUCUGCCGGAUCGUGGCUGAGGAGGGACAGGAUCGGAUCAACUUCCCACUGCGCCACAAGGGUGCAGGAGAAACACUGAUGUUUGGCCUCAAAACCUACAAAGUGCCCCUCGCAGCGGAGACCACCACUUUCCACGUCCACAAGAAAGACGGCGACAACAUGACGUACCUAUACGACGUGUCCCGCGGAGACUUCCAGGCUACCACCACCACUACUGGCACCGACAUGAGGGUCGUGUUCGAUACCCUGGUCAACUACUUGAAUGAUUUGCGCAACGCAAUCCAAGCUACCAGCACAGCCCGGCCACCUCCCUUCAUCGCCUCUGCCUUUGGAACGGCCCCGCAUGAACCUUCCAGGCGCAAGAGGGCCGCCUUGAAUCAGGCUUCACAGCAGGUGUUGCCGCCCCCCACCCCUCCUCCACAAGCUAGCUCGACUCCCCCCUCUGGCUACCGUUGCUCGACGAGGGCCGCGAGCAAGCAAGCAAGGAGUCAAAUUGGUACAUAUCCUGUAUAA